AUGAGUCUAGAGCGUUCAAAGAUCCAGUCUUGGAGAGACCUCUCCGAGGCAUUCCUGAAACAAUAUAAGUACAACCUUGACAUGGCCCCGACAAGGCUUCAAUUACAGAAUCAGUCUCAAAGAUCUAAUGAAACCUUCCAGGAAUAUGCUCAACGUUGGCGCGAAAUGGUGUCUAGUGUUCGGCCAACAUUAUCCGACAAUGAAUUAGUGGACAUCUUCAUGGGUACGUUGCAUGAGCUAUAUUUUGAAAAGAUGAUUGACAGUUCAUCGACAAAUUUUGCUGACAUGGUAACCAUCGGGGAACGUGUUGAGAGUGGGUUGAAAUCAGGGAAAAUCACAGACACAACCACACAUCAGACAACCAACAAGAGACCGCAUGGGGGCUUCGCUAAAAAUAAGGAGGGGGAAGCAAACACUGUAACGAUGAAGGCUCGUCCCCCAUAUCAAUUUCCAGUGGCCCCUAUGCCAUAUUACCCAUAUCUAUACAUCGUCGCUGCUCAAUACCAGCAACCGUCGUUCAAAUAUCAACCGCAAAAAUGCAAUCAACAAUUAACACCCGCUCAGAUAAAUCCAAACCAACAAUAUAAUAGGGCUAUUGUACCAAGAGAACUGCCAGUAGCUUCUUCUCCUUUCAAUCGCCGUCACAAUCCUAAUGCCACAUGCGCUUUCCAUGCAGGGUAUAUAGGACAUUCCACCGAGGACUGUUGGGCCCUCAAAAAGAGGAUCCAAGAGUUAAUUGACCAAGAGAUUCUGUCAUUUUCCGAAGAAAAACUGAACGUAAAGACAAAUCCUUUGCCGAAUCAUAGCGGUGCGGCAAUCAACAUCGUGAUUGAAGAGGAAAAUACCAAAGUUAUACUGAGGGUUGAAGAAGUGAGGACUCUGAUGUCUGUUGUGUUACAAAGGCUUAAAUAUUUUGGGUUUCUAGAAGGGGCGCAUGAUUAUUGCUCAGUGUGCGAGUCUGAUCCGAAUGAUUGCGAGCAGUUGAAAGGGUCUGUGCAAGAACUGAUGGAUCAAGGGUUAAUACAAUUCUCCAAAUCUCAAGCAGCAGAAGAAGUGGCAGUAAUUGAACCAAUAACAAUUGUAUAUAGGAAAAAGAAGGUUGAAGCUCCUUCUAGGAGGAUUCAACGAAUUCAUUUCCGUGUUCCCACUCUGUUCCUGUAUCAGAAUACUAAGGCAGUUCCUUUGAAUUAUGAGACCACAACGUAUUUGGGAGGAAGAGAAAUUCGCAUUCCUGACACAUAA